ACCUACCCGCGCUUGCGUAGACACUUACUUAAGGUAUCUGGCUGUUGGCUUUCUGGUUGUACCAUUACUAAAUGUAUAAUUGGCAUCUUCGUAAAUCGAAGAAAGUGGUCUGAUUUGCAUGUAAAUGAAUCCAAAUGCGAGUCAUUCAAGUCGCUAAUUAUACCACUGUUCGGACGGAGAGUUGCUGACAUCAUGGACACUCAUUAACAUUCGCGGGGCUGUGUGGGCAGUGAGAGCCGAGAGGUGGUAAGUCACACAGUCAGACUCUGCAUGCAACGCGCCGCGGUCGGACCGGAAUGUUUCCUUGCUUGUAUUCUUCGUGCAGAAAGAUUUGGCAUCAUUUUCAAUACUGCAAUGAAGUCUGGACACGGACACACUGUAUGUUGGAGUCAUGAAAGGAUUUAAAAAAAGAUCUAUUCGGAUUUGUUAACGUGGACUAGAUGCGUUUCCUGGUGCAUAUUUUGCCAAAGGACGGAGGGACUGCGUUCAUCGUUAACAAAAGUUGAUGUUGCCUCUUUGGCUCGUUCUCCUGCCGUUUGCUUCGAUUUCGACCGUAUCUUUGUUCCAAAGAACCCGGGCGCGUAUAGCUUUUCGAGAUUUAUCAAAGGGAAUAUGAGUUCGAGCAGAUUAAUGAUAUUUUGCACUUAAUGAAGAAACUAGCAAUGUGGAAGGGAUCCUUAAAAACUAAUAGAGGUCGAGGGAACGGCAAGCUCCUUGUUCCAAGUUCCUGGUAAAGGAAGAUCUGCCUGCACUGUAAGUGUCCGCGCGAGGAGCAUGCAGUGAGCGCCAUGCAGCUGGAGAUGGAGAAGACGGUCACCAAGCUGAUGUACGACUUCCAGCGCAACUCCACGUCCGACGACGACUCCGGCUGCGCCCUGGAGGAGUACGCCUGGGUGCCGCCUGGACUCAAGCCAGAGCAGGUGCACCAGUACUACAGCUCUCUGCCAGAGGAUAAGGUGCCCUACGUCAACAGCCCCGGAGAGAAGUACCGCAUCAAGCAGCUGCUGCACCAGCUACCUCCACACGACAAUGAGGCGCGUUACUGCAACUCCCUGGAUGAGGAGGAGAAGCGGGAGCUCAAGCUCUUCAGCGGCCAGCGCAAGCGCGAGAAUCUGGGUCGCGGAAACGUGAGACCCUUCCCUGUGACAAUGACCGGGGCCAUCUGUGAACAGUGCGGCGGCCAGAUAAAUGGUGGUGACAUAGCGGUGUUUGCGUCGCGCGCGGGCCACGGCGUGUGCUGGCACCCGCGCUGCUUCGUGUGCAGCAUGUGUGACGAGCUGCUGGUGGACCUCAUCUACUUCUACCAGGACGGCAAGAUCUACUGCGGACGCCACCACGCUGAGAGGCUCAAGCCGCGCUGCUCCGCCUGCGACGAGAUCAUCUUUGCGGACGAGUGCACGGAGGCGGAGGGCCGCCACUGGCACAUGAAGCACUUCUGCUGCUUCGAGUGCGAGACGGUGCUGGGCGGCCAGCGCUACAUCAUGAAGGAGGGCCGGCCCUACUGCUGCGGCUGCUUCGAGUCCCUCUACGCCGAGUACUGCGACUCCUGCGGGGAGCACAUCGGUAUCGACCAGGGCCAGAUGACGUACGACGGGCAGCACUGGCACGCCACCGAGUCCUGCUUCUGCUGCGCCCGCUGCAAGAAGUCGCUGCUGGGCCGUCCCUUCCUGCCCAAGCAGGGCCAGAUCUUCUGCUCGCGGGCCUGCAGCGUGGGCGAGGACCCCAGCGGUGGCGGCGGCGGCGGCUCCGACUCCUCCGACUCGGCCUUCCAGAGCGCCCGCUCCCGGGAGUCUCGCCGCUGCGCCAAGGCCGGCAAGAACACCAACACCAACACCAACGGGAACGGCCACCACCACCACCACGGGAACGGUCGGGCAGAUCGGAACGGGAACGGGAACGGUCACAUGAAUGGGGAUCAUCAUCCCCAGGAGCAGCAGCAGGCCCCGUCCGGAAGGUUCUCUCAAGACGUGGAUCCGCUGUCCAUGCAGAUGGACCUGCUGAGCCUCUCCAGCCAGACCCCUAGCCUGACCCGGGAGCCUCCCAGCUGGAAAGACCAGAAUGAGGCGUACCUCUACGACAACCGCUCCGACGGCACUCCCGCCAACCCCCUCCAGCUGCUCAGCCAGUGCAAUAUCAGGACAAGCUUUAAUCCGACGACGUCAGCCACCUCAGGGAAAGGCAUGGAGCACCACCAGCGGACGAAGGAGAGCGGCAACAACAGCAGCAGCAGUAGCAGCAGCCGCCACUCCUCGCACAAGCGGCCGCCCAUCCCCAAGGGUAACUCCUUCAACGACAACUGGUACGGCGGCCCGGCGUCUGUGUUGGACGACAACUUCACGCCGCCCAAGCUCAAGACGCAGUCCAGCUUCAGCGACGUCUCGCACCACAGCGGCAGCAACGGCUUCUCGGACAAGCGCUCCGUCAGCCUGCACGUGUUCCAGAGGGGGGAGCGCGAGGCGGAGGCUGCCCCGGCAUCGGUGGCCGCGCAGCAGCUGCAGCAGCAGGGGACUCGGAGCAGGAACCCCAUCAGCGCACUUAGCUUCACCGAGCAACUCACGCCGCUCGAGCAGACCCCCCGGGGAUCCAUGGAGUCACUCGCCUUGUCCAACGCCACAGGAACGUCGGCCGACGGCGGCAGCAGCAGGCGCCAGGAGCACCUCUCGCGCUUCUCCAUGCCCGACCUGAGCAAGGACUCGGGCAUGAACGUGUCGGAGAAGAGCAACAUGGGCACGCUCAACUCCUCGGUGCAGUUCCGCAGCUCCGACUCGCUGCGCAGCCUCAACUCCGUGCAGCAGCCCUACCUGGAGAUGGAGCUGGAGCUGGACGUGGAGAUGGAGGCCCCCGUGGCCCCCGUCAAGUACCCCCUGCAAUACCACCACCACCACCACCACAACAAUCAGCAGCAGCACCACCUCCAGCAGCAGCAGCAGCAGCAGCACCACCACCACCAGCCGUCCUCCACCACCAGGGGCGCCCUGCCGCCCGGCUUCACCUACCAGGAGGAGGACCGUUUGAGUCUGGUUAGCAACGCCAACAGCGCCCGGCUGCCGCCCAUGGUGGAGCGCGACCGGGGUCGCGUGGGUGUUGGUGUUGGAGGUGGAAGGGCUAGUCUGGCGGAGGAGCCGUCCAGGCACCGCCACCACCACCACCACCGGCGCUCCAGGCGAUCGCGCCGCUCCCGCUCGGAGAACGCCCUCAACCUGGCGGCCGAGCGCCGGGCCCCCGUGCACGAGCGGCCCCAGAGGCGCGUGUGUGCCGAGGACUACGACCGCUUCCCCCCUCCGCGGAGCCAGAGGGACAGCCUGGGUGGUGGCGCCGGCGGUGGUGGCGCUGGAGGCCCGGGAGGACACUACCGCCCCCAGCCCUUCAGGCAGUGCCCACGCACCACCUCGGACUUGACGCUGCAGCAGCACGCGGCCGGGGGGCUGGGCCGCUCCAGGGGGCUGCUGGGACGCGGCGGCGGCGGAGGCGGCUGGGACGAUUAUGGCUACGGGGACGAGGACGACUGGUGCUCCACCUGCUCCUCCUCCUCCGAGUCGGACGAUGAGGGCUACUUCCUGGGCGAGCCCAUCCCCCGGCCCAUGCAGCUGCGGUACAUGAGCGGUGACGAGCUGUUGCAGAAAUACAACGCCAGCGGCCUGGGGGGGUCUGGGGGUGGCGGUGGCGGACAUAUCGGGGGUCGCGGGCAGCUCCACACACGCAAGCGCAGGAAAAGCAAGAACUGCAUCAUCUCCUAAUGGAGUUAACAGGGUUUUUGGUCGGAUUUGGUUGACUGGCCUAUAGGGGUAAUUCCAGGAAUUACGGAUAAGUCACUGAGUGUGUGAGUUUGGAGCAGUAAGUGGUGAACCUCCCCCCAAAACAAGAGAAUUGUGUUUUUUUCUUAUUCACCUGGUAAAAAGAGAAACACAUAGGGCUCUUCCAUCAGGAGGCUUACGACUUACUCUGACCAAACCCAACUGGGUCAAUCAGUAAACUGCGUACCAGCUGGGUGACACAUAAUGUUAUUAUAGCGCAUAAUAUCCCUGUUGACCCCUGCAAUAGGAAGAAAACACUUGCACAGAAGCAUUUCCGACCCCAUUUUAAAUAAAAGAAAAAACCAGGACACCACUCCCAACGCUUUAUUAAAGUAUGGUGCCGUGCGCGCCAGAAAAUCACAUUAGGAUAAUCCGUCGACAGCACAGAUGUUUUGCAUGUCUGUUUGUUUUUGUUUUGGUUUCUUUUGUUUGGAUUAUUACAGCGUUAUUACUGAGUAUUAUAUUGCGACAAGCUUCUACUGCGUUUUUUAAAAAGGUCUGUUAUGUCAUCAUAUUGUACUUAUCAAAACAAAAUGUGCAAUGGCUAUAAAUGUAUCUUGUCCUUUCGCCUUAGUAACAGUUAAAAAGUAUGGUUCCGCUUACUCUGCAACAUGGAUCUCUUAAAAUAUAAUUUUAGACGACUAUAAGGUGUACAUAAAUAAAUGAAUGAAUUAAUUAAUUCACUAAGUUAAGGAUGUCAUGUACAUAACAUUGUAAAUGAUGUAUCACAUAUUUUUAUAUUUUGUAUUGAUAGAAUUGUUUAUGUAUUAUAUAUAAUGUAGAAAUAGAGAAGCAUGCACGUUAAUUUGCUGAUUUCUGUCCUGCGUUGGAAUUAAAGAGUAUUUCAUGGA